AUGAAGUUAUACACAUUGGUUAUCUGGUCUGCGGUGUUACUACGUUCGGUGCUGACAUUUGAUAUUCAACACAAUUUUACCGAGGAGCCUUAUGAAGACUCUGACGAUGUUGCUAGAGGUCGCCGAGAUGUAAUUGAAGAAGAAAAAUUCUACAAUGUAAGAACGGAUAAUAGGAAAGAUUUCAAUCAGCACACUCCAUGGCUGCCGGGACCUUUGCCUCCAGAAGAUCCUACUACGAAAAUAUCUAUCGCUAACGAAGCCCCAGAGCCGGCGCAAAUAUAUCAAACUACGGAAAGUAUAACUGAUAAGCCAACUGGUCGAGGAGCAAGAGCUUCCAACGAAAACUGGAUCAAACUACCGUUCCCGGGCCACGAUGACCACCGAGACGAUAUCUUGACCCCGCCGCAACCGUCGGGCGAGCUCAUCAAUUCUCGAAUGCCGCGCGUCAAUUUUGUGACCCAGAAUAAGGUUCUCGAAGCUUCCGAGUCGAGAAAUGAUAAAGAAUCGAUACAAAGACCAACAAGGACCGAUGAUUUAAGAACGGAAUUCGUAAGACCCGAAGAAGACAGAAAGCAAUACAAGCCCGUGUACCCGAGGCAGGCCGUUUAUUACCCGGAAGACAACAGGCGGCCGUACUACGAUGAUCGAUAUUAUGGUGCUGACGAUUUAUACAGGCGUGAUCCCUACUAUGAUUUAUAUGAUAGCAAAGGGUACUAUCCUGGGUACGGACCGAGAGUGGACAGAUAUGAUGAAGCGUACGAUAACUAUGUUCCUCGGAAGCCUAAGAGGAUUAUUUAUUAUGCUCAUUUACCCGAAGUUGUUCGGACGCCGCCAAGUGUUGAUUUAAGAUAUCGGUACACAGUCGACCCUUACAGACGCUUCGACGACGACUACUCAGCGCGAGCUGGCAGGUACGAUUAUAGAUUUAGAAACAGGUACCCUUACGGCCCUAUGCGAAAGGAUGAGAGAAGGUUUGGAUAUAGAGAUUUAGUUAGCUCCAGUACUAGUAAUAAAGACAAAAAAGUAGACGAGAAAGUAACACCAACUCCUGUUUUACCUCAAAAGGAAGAUAAAAAACCCAUGACAAAUAAUAAUAGAAACGGAAAUAGAAUGAUAAACAGUCAUCAGUACCAUGAUAUCGGCGACAGUUCGUAUAAAGACCAAACUCGUAAGGCGUAUAAGGAUCAAAAUAAUUCGGCCGACAGCUACCUCAGAUUCGAAGAGCCAUUGUUUCACACUUCCAUAGAAGAUCCAUAUCAAAGAAAAUAU